UUUCCCUUUAUCUAGUUGGGAAUUCUCUACUUUCGAUUCAGAAAAAGGAAGUAUUGCAUAUAGAAUCACCGAGUAUUUGAAUCAAAACUUAGCUUCUGUAUGGAUAUGGAUGAAGAUGAAGAAGAAAACAGUCUUGUGACCGGGAUUGUGUGCAAUGGACAGAAGACCAAAAACUCAAAAAUUUCUUUCAUCUGGGGAUCUCCUCUACACAGGAUGACAGACGUCCACGAAACCGAUCCUUAUGAUACUGUUGAUCUGGACCAUACUAAUUCGAAAUCAGCCAGUUACAACCAGACAACCAAAUUUACAUCAAACCAAAUAAACUCCGAGGAAUCACAAUACCAUUCCGACACUGAUAAUUCACAGAACACUUUUGCUUUAUUUGGAUACGAUAACCUGGGAGAUAUAGAUAACUCUGACGAAGAGACCUGUGAAACGAGUCAAGACAAACACAGCAACUAUUUAUUUCAAAUGAAAACCCAGAAAUAUCAAGAAGAACAUAACUGGUCACUUGAAAAAGUGAAAGUAACUCGUACAAAUGUACAUCCUGGAGCAUCAGAGAAAAUGGAGGAGGAUAAAAAGGAGAAUAACGCCUCGGAAAUGAUUUCCUGCGAUGAAACGAGUCGCAAUCAUGUUAACCAAAGAAUAAACGAUAAGACAGGAACAUGCGAGGAAAACUUGAUAUUAGAUGGUGAAUACAACUGUGAUAUGACUUCUACAAAAACAGCGACAUUCAAAGAAAGGACCAAUUUCGAAGAAAUUAAUCAAAAAGCCACAAAUAGUCGAGAGAAUAUGUACACAGCAACACUCUCUGGAAACGAAGAACCGCAAUCAAAUCAGUCAAGUAUUACUUUCAUUAAAGGAGAAGGCGAAGGAGAAAUGAUAUCUGAAAAUGAAAACUGGAUAGAAAAUGACGACAUAGAAAAGUCAUCUCAUGAAAAUGAAAGUCAUAUCAACAAGAACAAAAUGGAAACUUUAGUUUUAGAAACACCUAUCAAAUCAGAAGAUGAAACAGAAAUCAGCCAUGACAUAACCAAGCAGACCCUAGAAAAUAUAGAUGAGUCAUAUCAUCAACAGGAAACAGAGUGUAAUGAUGCUUCGACCCGAGCAUCUAGUGAAGACAGGGAGAUGGAGGCGCCCAAUGCAAAGCAGAUGGUACAAUAUCAGAAGGAAAUGUCACAUGAUGUUGUAGAAGUUAACCCUUUUCGACCAAUAAAUGAACCAGAUUUGUAUUCAGCUAAAACUGAAGAUUCUCUCCUUGCACUCGACAAUAAGGAAUAUAUUGCAAACAAUCAUGAACAUCGUCAGUAUGCGAAUUCAUUUGAAAUUUCUUAUCAGACUACUGAGCAUGAUAGUACGGGUGUAGAAUUUUUGUCAGCAUCCAAUGAAAAUCCUGGAAAUAAAUUACAACAUCCAUUAAAUGAGAACGCAAAUGAAUCACAGACAGAAAACAAAAUGUACGUAAAUGAGGAGGAAUUAGAAUCCUCAAAUGAAGAACCAUUUAAUCAGAGAGAACAUGAUAUCAAGUCGGAAUUAUCAAUUGACUUCUCAGCAAAGACAAAAGAGGACUCGAGUCCAUCAGUUGGAAAACACAAUCCGAUCUUCAACAAAGCAUUUACGCCAACGAUUUCGGAAAAAGAAAAAUUAACAGAUAACUAUUUUACACGUGACACCGCAGGAAAAUUCAGUCAAAGUAAAGGGAAAGAUGACAUAAGUAGAAAAGGGAACAAUGUGUUUCACUGCAAUAUCAAAUCAUCUGAAAGUGGAAAGCAGUCUUCUUUUCAAGAGCAUAUACAUUCAAGUAAGAAAUCAAAGGGACCAGAAGUGAAGAAAGAAUUCGAUAAUUCUGUAAAUUUUAUGAAAGAUUUAUGUCUUAUAGGAUCAAGACACUUGAAAAAGAUCAAAAGCCAACAAAAUGAUGGAGAGAAUAUAAGCAGAGCUUCACAGUCGAACUUUUUUCCUUCUAUGGAAAACAGACUUACAGAUAUUGAGUCUGAAUUAGUUAAUGUUAUAUCUAGGGAUAGGAAUGAUAUCUUAAACGAUGAAGAGUCUACCGAAGAUAAACAGUCAACUAAAUUAUCGUACAACAAUGCGAACGUUGAUAGGUUUUCACUUGCGGAUAGAUAUGAAACUUCAGAAACUACCACAGAAACGGAAAGAUGUAAUGAGUCGGAAGAGAAUCAUUCUAAAUAUGCAUUUACAAUUACACAUUUUGGAAACACAGACGAAUUGAACGGUGGCCAACGUAGAUGUAUAUCAAUUAAAUUUGACAAUUAUGGAGAGUCAAAAUCAACGAAUGCGUUUGAACGAAAUCAAAACAUUACAUUCAAGUAUAAAACCCAAGAUCCGGAAAUUGAGCUAUCAAGUAGCCAAUAUAAAGAUGCUGUCACGACUAAAUCUUUUCCCAAGCACACGGAAAAUGAUCAAAAGUUACCCAAAUUCACUGACCGGGAAAACUCUUUUGAAAUGCAAGCAAAUCAACCUUGGAGCAUUGAACCUAAUCAAUCCUGGAGUCAAGAUAGACAUGACCUACGGAAUGCUAAAUACAACUCGACGCCUCAAUACCACCAAAGUUCGAUGAGUGAUCCAUUUAUCAGAACUGACUUCCUAGAAAAUGAAACCAGUUAUCCUAAUGGUAAUUCGGAAACUCAUGACCAACGAGAUGAACAGCUUCAUAGUCCACAACACAACCAGCUCGAAAGAUUUCAGUUGAAUUCUUCGAGUAAUCCUGUAUCGAAUAAGCCGCUAGAGAGUGAAAACAGAAGUCAUAGUCGAAGGUCAUGGUAUGCCACUGAUCAUUCUCCAGAAGGUGAUUGCCAUUGUUGUAAGUGUACGGUAAAACAGCAUCUAUCUUUACUAACUGAAUAUAUGGAAAAAAUGGGAUAUGAUGUAAAGAAUGUUUCUGGAGAUGGAAACUGCUUAUUUACUGCUAUUGUUGAUCAGCUGAGAAUCAAUGGUGACUUUUCUUAUACGCAUGACAAUCUUCGUAAAAGGGCAGUGCAAUUUUUAAGACAGAGACCACAUGUUGAUGAGGAAACACAUCUUGAAUCUUUCCUUACUAAUGAAACAUGGGAAGAAUACCUUGCAAAGAUGGAAAUGGAUGGUCAAUGGGGAGAUGACAUCAUGCUGAAAGGGAUCUCUGAGCUAACUGGGAGAAAGAUAGUAGUGUAUAGUUCAUUUAUGUCCAGGACUGAAGUAACGCCUACAAAUCUUUUUGAAAAGAAUGAGUUAUUUAUUGGACAUAUACAGAAUCUGAUGCAUUUUGUCAGUCUUAGACCACAGUUUUGGGAAAUGAUGUGGCCAAUGCGAGCAUUGCUACGACACAAAGAUCAAAUUAUUAGUGAUUUGAAUUUCAAAUUUCAUUUGGAUUCUGCAAUUGCUGUAUCUAGUCAUGAAGAAGCUAUGAAAAAGAUUGCAAAGAUGAGGGAAAGUCUCAGCACAGGUGACAUCGAUACUUUUCAGAAAGUACAAGAAGAAAUUGACGCUCUACAAAUUCACAGUACAUCAGUGUCAAAAGGAAUGGACGAACUUUUCAAGGAAACCCCUGAAACAAUGGACACUUUGGUGAAGCAGAAGUUUGAAAUAGACAAAUUAAGUAGUGUUCCUAUGGUACAUUUAACUUAUCUACUUAAACUCCUUCUACCAUCAAAGUAUUUCCGCAAUAUAUAUGAACGUUUGGAUAGUAUUUUUGACGCACACCCAGAAAUACUUACCAGAAUUGGAAGUGGAUCAAUGGGUUUAAACAGAAGUCUGAUGGACUUUACAGCAGUUAUGCAACAUUAUGAACUACUAGAAAAAAGAACUCCAAAAGAGACAGAACCAUUGUCUGUUACUUUUGUAAUUAAGCUUCCCACACAAAUGUAUUCAAUUCUUAAUGAUAAUGAAGAACGGGGCAUUUCGUUUGAAAGAAAUCUAAUACUUGAUGAUACAGAAACCUUACCGGGAUAUACACGUCUUCGUCCAACAAAUACAGCUUACUGGUCUGGGUGCAUCGAGUGGUUAUCAUGCCAAAAUGCUUUCCUUCGUAGAUUGAAAUUAAAAGAUGCUAGGCCCCCUAAAAUAAUUGAGGAAUUUCCUGAAGUCUCAUUCAAGUAUUUUGAUGGCUUAGAUUGUGAUAUCUGGCCUAAACCAGCUCAAUACUGGACGAAACGAAAACCUGUCUCUUGCUGGCCAUCUGCAGAAAAAAUAAAAGAGGCUUCUGAAAAGGGUUGCAUCCUCAUUAAACGUGCUCACGAAUUUAGUGAUUACCCAGAUAUUGAAUGGCAGUUUAUAUUCACUGGAGCAGAAACGGUUCUAGUUGAGUCAUUUACUAGUUCCAUGAUGUACUGUUUUCGUGUUUUUAAGGCACUUGUUGAACAUCAAACGAGAACCCUUAAAGUCAAACUUAAAACGUACGGUCUUCUGACAUCAAUGUUUUAUAGCAGCGAGCUUAUUCCUGAGGAUGCUUGGUCAUCAAAUCCUGGUGGUUGUAUAAUGUUUAUAAUUGCUUGGUUGUUACAAAGGGUUGCCGAGCGCAUUAUCCCAAAUUACUUCAUUCCAGAAAACAACAUGAUUGAGCAUAUGGAAGAUUAUGACCUAAGAAGCAUUGAAUAUUGUUUGCAAGCUUUACGCUGGUUUCCGUUCCCCUCACUUUACUUUUUAUUAGAACGCCAUUCACUCCCAAACUUUUCCAUGAUUGAUCAAAUAGAAUCUUCGAUAGAAGACUAUACAAAAUCCAAGGACAAGCACAAAUUAGUGGAAACAGUGUUCAUACCGCUUUGUUUUACACUUGCUACAGCUAAUAUAAGGCAAAAAGUUUUACCAUUUUACAACCAAGCUUUAGAUUACUUAGAAGUAGGAUUUGAACUGACAGAGGGAGUCACAGAUGAAGAACACAGUACAACGUUCAAUGAUUUCAUACUGUCGUUCUUGACAUCAGUAAAAAAUUCUGAAGUUAUGUUGCCAUUUGCACAUUUAGUGGAUAAAGUCAAGAAAACAAAUUUAAGUCAAAUAAUGCUUAAAGAUAAAUCAGCGAUGCCAAUCUCGGGUAUUCUUGGCUCAGAAUAUACGGGUCAAUGGGGUCAUGUGUAUGUUGACGUCAGUGAAGACAAGUUCAAUUCAAUAUAUGAGCUAACUGGUGAUCUGUUUAAAAACCAAGAAUCAGAGGAAUGUGCAGAGAUCCUUCGAUGCUCAAUUUCUGUCCUUCAGAGAGAUUUACAAGAUGAUGAAACUGACUAUAGUGAGAUCACUGAUGAAAACAGAAUGCAACAGCUAAAAAAAGCAAGGUAUAAGCAAGUAUACGUUACUCUAUGGUACCUAGUGACAUUCUACAAGCACUUAUCCAAAUGCUACGAAGCAAUGAACAAAUUAGAACUAUUCCAAGAACAUAUCUAUGACUAUGAAGAAAUUGUAUGUCGCAUCGAUAGCCGCAUACACUAUGAAAAUGUGGCAAACAUAUACCGACAAUUAGGAAACCGAGAAAAAGCAAAUGAGUUGGAAGACAAAGUGAAAUCGAUGAAAAAUACUGAAGAACCCCGGGGUUCGAGAUUUCUGAUCAUUAUACCAUAAAUUGUCCCAAUGUAUUAAUGGAUACAUCGAUGUUCAGACUGUUGAGAAAAAGGAAAAUAUUGUACAGAAGUAUUUCUUAUUCAAAAUAUUAAGGGAGCUGCCAUUUGAUUUUUUUAUGGGGUGGCUAGAAUGAAAAAUGUUGUCCUGCAUUUUUUUUUUGGUUGUAAUCUCUGUCCUGCCUUUUUAUUUUUCACUCUAUUCGGUCCUGCCUUUUUUUUUUUUUAGUUUAUUCUGACUUUUUUUACAUAAAUUGUCAUCCUGCCUUUUUUUUUACUCAAAACUCCUGUCCUGCCUAUUUUUUUUUUUUAAAUAUCAUUUUAGCCCCCCCCCCCCCAUAAAAAUCAAAUGGUAGCUCCCUAAUUGAUUGAAUAUCUUGAUUUCCUGAUGUAACAAUUAUGCUUUCUAGAUUACUAUGUAUUUUUAUGAAUUAUCUUUCUGAGCAAUAUUAGUGAGUGCCAUAUGUGGGAGAUCAUUCAUUAAGGUUUGGGGAGCACAUUGUUUAAUUUAUUAUUUCUAUGAUACUUCAAACACGAUUUCCAUGUAGAUAUUGCAAGACUUUUAUAUUAUAAUAGACUUUUUUAUUUCCAAAUGUGAAAAAAAUUUGGACUGAACAUUUCAAGCAUUCAAUUAUUAUCAGUGUUUACAAUUAAGAGAAAAAAUAUUGACAGCCCCGAACAUGUACUUACCAUUUCUUUAACUGAUCUCUGGGAACGAGAUAUUGUUAUACUAAUGAAAUAUUGACAUACCGGUAAGAUGACUACGGACAUUGUUUGUUUUAAAUUUAUAUCUUAACUGAUUCAAGACAAUUAUAAUCAACCCUUUUUUCUUUUCAUUGGUCAUUUAGUAUCAUUGUAGCACCAAUCAGUAAGAUAAUUGUAUUUUUAAAUGUUACGAUGUAGAAACAAUGUCAAGUAAUCCAAAGAAUGGCUUCAUUCAGACCAUUUAGAAAGUACUGCGGUAUUGGCAUAAUAAACUGGUAUUAUUUAAUUGAAAUUUACUGUUAUUAAAUUUUGGAAAUCAUUUUAAAUGAAAGAUUGAAUCACACUAAUACAUAGUACUGAUUCAUUGUCUGAGCUUGGCUUUACUUUUAGUCCUUUUUGGUUUUAAAGCUCUUUAACGUUUGUAUCAGGUUUUGGAUUUUCAAAUAUUUUGGCCUCGAGCAUUACUGAAGUGACAUUAAUUGUCGAAAUGCACAUCUUGUGCAGAAAAAACGGACCUGUUGAUGUUAUAUCUUUCACUCGGUCAAUACCUCUCCUGGUGGACUGUUAUCCCCCAAGGGUACCACUAGCAAAGAAGCAAGUACUUCUGUACUAGCAUGACAAUACUGAUACUGUUUUAUUGAAAAUUGCUGCCUUGUUAUAUUUUGGAAAUAAUUUCUAAUGAAGGAAUGUAUCUUCGUCACGUCCUUUUUGGUUUUAUCAGCUCUUCAGAGUUUGUAUAAAUUUUUUUUCUGAUUUUUCAAUUUUUUGGCCUCAAGGAUCACUGACGAAACAUUGAUUGUCAAAAUAUGUAUUUAGUUCAGUAAAAAUUGGUACUGUUAUUGUUAUUUUAUCUGUGAUUUGUUUAUAUAUAUAUAUAUGUUGAAUUGAUAAAUUUGUGAAUCUUCUAUAAUGAUAUAAUUUUAUAAUUAUGAUAGUAGAGACAUAUAAUACAUGUUUUAUGUAUCAAGUUGUAAAAAAGAUUUGUUUGAAUUUUUUCUCCAAAUAUUGUAUCCAAUCUUCAGUUUUAAAUAUAGUCAAGAUUAAUUUGAAA